CUCAGAUUGUUCCAGAGGGUUAAAAAAAUGGCAGCAGGAACCAACAGAAAGAUAGCAGCAUCAUCGGCAAGAGCUCACACCAGAACUGCUAAGAAAAGCGUUUCUUUCAAGCUUCCUUCAGGGCUAUUUAAGAAGAUAGUGCUGGUUUUCUUUGUGGGGAUGUUGGCAUGGGGUUAUCAAGCCAUCCAACCUCCUGCACCUAAAAAAUGUGGCUCCCCAGGUGGCCCUCCUAUUACAGCACCAAGAAUAAAGCUUAGGGAUGGGAGGUACUUGGCCUACAAAGAACAUGGUCUCCCAAGAGAUGCAGCCAAGUUCAAAAUUGUCUUUGUCCAUGGUUUUACUUCUUGGAGGCAUGAUGCAAUCGUUGCCAAUUAUCCAUCUCCGGAACUUUUCAAUGAAUUAGGGAUCUAUAUUGUGUCAUUUGACAGACCAGGUUAUGGAGAAAGUGAUCCAAAUCCAAAACGAACAGUAAAGAGCAUGGCUUUAGAUAUAGAAGAGCUUGCUGAUCAAUUGGGGUUAGGAUCCAAAUUCUAUGUCAUAGGCUUUUCCAUGGGUGGUCAGGUUGUUUGGAGUUGCCUCAAGUAUAUCCCUCACAGGUUAUAUGGGACAGCACUACUAGCUCCGGCUGUUAACUUCUUUUGGUCUGGAUUUCCGGCAAACUUAUCUAAAGAAGUCUUCAAUCAACUGUUACCUCAGGACUGUUGGGCACUCCGCGUUGCUCAUUAUGUCCCCUGGCUAACCUACUGGUGGAACACUCAGAAAUUGUUUCCACCUAUGAGUGUUAUUGCGGGGAUUCCUGAUGUUUUUUCUCAACAGGAUUUGGGACUUGUGAACAAAUUUGCAAUAAAUCAUAGAGAACAGUCAACCCGGCAAGGAGAUUAUGAGUCCCUCCACAGGGACUUAAUGGUUGCUUUUGGAAGCUGGGAGUUCGAUCCCACUGGCCUGGAGAAGUCUCCGGACAUGGAGGGGUCAGUGCACCUGUGGCAAGGAGAUGAAGAUAGGCUUGUUCCAGUUACGCUGCAACGCUACAUUGUCCAAAAACUUCCAUGGAUUCAGUACCAUGAGCUUCCAGGUGCAGGGCAUAUGUUUCCGCUGGCUGAGGGGAUCAGUGAUAACAUCAUAAAGGCUCUUCUAAUUGGAAAGAAUUAGGAAUUUCUCUCAAUUCAAUUCAGACUAUGAAAUCAAAAUCUUUUACUGGGGAAUGUCAAAUGUAAAACUUUGCUUGCCUAUCUCAUUGUUGGGAUUUAAAUGGAUGUGUUUUGAAGUUUCUAGCAAUAUAAUUCUUAAGUUUUG